GUCUGAAAAUCGAGUGAAAUAUAAUAACGGAGUUGUUUCAUCCAUUAUUCCAAAAACAAUUAUCAGAAGCAAAAUAUUAUAGACAUUGUUGCGGACAUAACUCUAGGUUAUAAGCUUUUUUGACAGAUCCAAAAAGAGUAAGAAGUUUGAAUUUUUUAGUAAAAAUAAAAAUUAUGAGCCAAAAUCAAUGGAGCGUCAAGAUGAUGAAGAGGAUUCUAAAAUUGACAGCUUCUCUUGGACAAGGAGAAAUGUUCUUGAAAAAUCUAAAAGUAGUGUGAGCAUCAAUGCAAUCGGGGACUGUAAUUAUCGAAAUCAAGGCAUCCAGAUAUCUUUGGAAAAUUGUAAUAUGCCAAGGAAAGUUAUAUCAACAUUAGAGAAUUUAAAUUUAGCAGAUGAUAAUGAUGACAUUGAUGAUAUUGAUACAAAUUUUGUCCCUAACAUAAUGCAAGAUUAUGAUAUUUAUAAUCAGUUUGAUAAUUCUCUUCUUCGUUAUGGUAUAAAAACUCAAGACAUUACUACCAAGCAAAUAAUCAUUCAGGGAUCGGAGAUACUAAAUUUUCAGGGUAAUAAGCAUUCACACGAAGAAAUUGCACGUUUCUGGAAAAAGGAUUGUAGAAAGUGGCUUUGGAAAUCAGUUAAAUAUGCUAAACAAAAUGAAAUUGAAUCUAUUAUAAUUUCUGAUCAAAGUAAAUCUUGUUGA